AGUAGCGGCCAUUUAUUUAAAUCCAGGGGAUCACUUAUCGUCUACCGUAGUGCAGUCAGUACCUUGUUCUAACCAACUCCAACUCCACUGCUACUACUAACCAAAGAAGUUAUUCUCAAGAAGCAGCUGGUAUGAACAGAACAUUCCUAUGAUUUUUGAAUUGCAUUUGCAUCAUCUCAUCCGAUUUCUCCAUUUUUGCUGCCAUUUUUGAUUUCACCUCAUUCGUUUAGUGAAGCCUUUUCAAAUCCAUUAUUCGGUACUUCCUUCUUCUCCUCUUUUAAUACUCAGUAUCAAAAACCAAACUCUCGUUUUUUGUGCAUUUGCGUCAAGCCAUUUAUUUCACUUGCUCAGCGACCAGAGGAGGAGACUCUUUUAGAGAGAAUAACACCAAUCAACUUCCAAUUUUAUUGAAUCAGUACAUAAACGCCCUUGCCGAGACUUUUGAUAUCAAAGACAGCUAUCAUUAAAAAAAAGAGUCAUUGAAAAGGGGUCGGUUGUGGAAGAUAUCGAUUGUGGGUGUGUUGAAUCACAUUGAUAUCAACAUAUAGGGCUCUAACAUCGGAGUGAGGGAGGAAUAGUUCCCCCCCAUCUGCACUACACGAUGGCGGGCAACACUCGUAUGUCAACAUAUUCAAUGACAUCUUCUGCUGCAGGAGCCGCUCGAAACUUUCAUGCUGCGGGACCACAAUCAUCCCCAGUAUCGACAACCACACUUUUGAACGCCGUCCACCACAUUUAUACAUCCGGCCAACCAUAUCGAUUGGAUGCUAGCACUAGUUUGGUUGUGAAUACAUGGCUAUCAGCUUCACAGCCUGAUCGCGAGGGGAGAACGGGAGGUACAAUAGAUUCAGCCUUAGCCGCAAGAGCCUGGGAACAUGCCAGAAGACGUGCAGAAGAUGGUUGUAUUGUUUUAGGGUAUGAAGCCUAUUGAACUUUAUGUUAAUCUAAUGCUAAUCCGAUCGCAGCUCCCUCCACGAAGCUACUCCCUCUAUCCUGGUUCCGUUCCUCAACACCUUGCCCCUUUCCAUUCCCGAUUCAUUAUAUACCGCCCUUGCCGUGUUACGACCAUUCAUCCAUUGCGUUUCCCCUCAAAAUCCGUCUGCACCCCGACAAUCUGCUCUUGGUGUGACUUUGACUCUAUCACUAGGUGGAAACUUAACUGCCGCAUCAAUAGCAUUAUCUGAGGGAGGAAUUGACACCAAGAAGGGGCUUUUAAAUCUCCCAGCUGAGCCAGGACAUCGAGCUUUUGACGUCUUUUACUACCUUCUCACAUCUGCGUCGACGCCUGCCGAGCGAGAAUUCUUGGGCUUGAAACAUGCUUCGAGUUACGCGCUUUUGGAAAAGUCUGGCACAUAUGAUCCCCCAUCGUACCUUCCUACCGCGGACGAUGCAGCGGCCGCAGACGAUUUUAGAGCAUCUUUAAAGGCCAUCGGUAUCAAAGGUGCGACGCACAGAGAUCUAAUCUCGAUACUCGCAGGAUUAUUGAAGCUAGGUGAUACUUUGAGCUUCAUUCUUGAUGGAGAUGCUUUGGAGGAGAUUUGUGAAGAUGUGGGAGGUCUUCUUGGCUUGGAACCUGAUGUUCUCGUCAAGCAAUGCACAACACAGGAGCGAGAAACUCUGAUCGGUGGACUUUAUGAAGCUCUUGUAGACUGGGUCAUUUUGAAAGCCAAUGAGGCCAUCGCUAGCGAGAUGGCUAGAAUCAAGGACAGCGAUUCUUCGAGUGAAGGGGGACCCGGAGCUCGAACCCCAAAUACCGAAGACGACAAUGGUGACACCGUUUGCAUAACUGUUCUUGAGAUCCCGGACCCGAAUCUGGGAAAAGCGGCCGCAAUGCGAGGCGUCUUUGAUGAUACCCAAGGUAUUAAUGCCGAGAUGAAAGAAGACGGUGUUGAUGUGGUUGCUGUUGGCUCAUCUGUUAUCCGAGAGAUGCAAAAUGCAGUGGCGGAAGUUGCUCCAGACCUUGGGAUCAUGACCGGGCCCGCCGGGAGAGACCGCGAACACGAGCUUGAAAAACGUGAGAUUGUCUUGGAGAAGGUUGCCCGUGAGGGAGAAGACGAAGGUUUUCUCAAAAAACUUCUGCUCCCAAUUGAGGGCCAAGGUAUCAAUUUGGGCCGCAAUGGUCGUAUUGAUUUACCAUCUGUUCUUGGUAGCAGUCGUGUCUGGUAUCACUUAUCGGCGCAUCCUACCGAUGACUUACCUGCGACUCUGGCCUCGCUUCCCACGACAACCUCGGCUUGGUCUGCCGGCGCCGUCUCACGCCAGCUUCGCGCAUGGCGUCUGCCAGAAUGGGCCAAUCGACGGAAUAAGAACCUAGAUUUUACCGCCGAUUUUGACUUUGAAGAGUUUGUUCAACGAUACUCUUCUCUCGGUUGCAAGGAUGGCCGUGAUGGCAUUGAGAGUUGGACCAUGGAACGUGGUUGGAGCAACGGCGAAGUUGUCAUUGGCAAAGAACGAUUAUGGAUCCGCGAAAGUGCUUGGUGGGAAGCUGAAACCAUGCUUGAUCUAAAGCCGGCUGAUGGGGAGUUCCAAAGCAUGGGCGGCCCGGGAGGGAUGGCAGGCAUGCUAGGAGCCCAUGACAUGAACGCUGGAUACUCCUCCAACGCACCAAACGGGAACGGUUUCUUUGCCGCUCCCAACAACGAGUUAACGCCCGUUGGAAGUCAUGAUCAUCUUACGAGUCGCCAAAGUCAAGCAGGCGGAGCGCGAAGUGUUCUGGGAGCGCCUGCCCCCGCACAGUCACGGAAUGUCAGUGGUGGCGACUAUGGACUUGGCUUCAAAGGAGACAACACGAGGGGACAGGUAUAUUACACCGACGAGAAUGGUGAAAUGGUCAAUGACCCCGAAGGUGGGAACGCAAAAGCUGUUGUCAACGAGAGGGCAACCAACCAGCGUCGUAUCUGGGUUGCUAUCACGUGGACUUUAACGUGGUGGAUACCAUCGUUCGUCCUUCGAUUUGUUGGCCGUAUGAAACGUCCAGAUGUACGCAUGGCUUGGAGAGAAAAGCUGGUCUUGUGUUUCAUGAUCCUCUUCCUCAAUGCCUUGGUUAUAUUUUGGAUUAUCGAAUUCGGUAAACUCCUCUGCCCAAAUUCGGACAAAGCAUGGAAUGCGAACCAAGUCUCCACCCACCAAGGUGACAAUGACUUUUGGGUCAGCAUUCAUGGAAAAGUAUACGAUAUCUCUAAAUUCUGGAAGUUGCAGCACAGUGAUACCACUGUCACAACCACCUCCAGCGUUAUGCAACCCUUUGCUGGUAUGAACUUGGACAGCUAUUUCCCCCCACCAUUGAUUGUUGCCUGCCCUGGUCUUGUAACGGAUUAUACUUUAGUACUACAGGUCAACAAUACUGCCGAAUAUCCUGCUGGAAUUCAUACCUCCGGAAAUAGCUCCGCAUAUGUGACCAGCAAACUUUACGACUGGAAUUGGUAUGCGGACGUAUACACACCUGGGAUCAAAGAGUAUUACCAUGGAGAUCUGGUAGUUAAGAAGAGCACGAUUGAGAAUCAAGGCCAAAACCAGGGGCAUUAUUGGGUUACCUUGAAGGGCAAGAUAUACGAUUUCACCGAUUAUUACUACACAUUAUCAUUGUAUCCUAGUGUGGCUACCUACGAGUUUAUUGACGAUACCAUUUAUCAAAUGAUAAUCACAAAUCCAGGUUUAGAUAUCACAAGUAAAUGGGAUGAUAACUACAAAAGCGCCAACGCUAGUUACCAAGUGGAUAUCCUUAACAACCUGAAUUGCAUGAACAAUUUGUUCUAUGCAGGUAUUCCCGACUUCCGAGAUUCUGUCAAAUGUCAAAUCAACAACUACAUCCUUCUCGCCUUUACAAUCGUAGUAUGUGCUGUCAUUAUCAUCAAGUUCGUAUCGGCACUUCAAUUUGGUUCGAAGAGUCGCCCAACUCCUCAAGACAAGUUUGUGAUUUGCCAGGUUCCGGCAUAUACCGAAGGUGAAGAUUCAUUGCGCAAAGCUUUGGACUCUUUGACAGCUCUGCAAUACGACAAUAAAAGAAAGCUCCUUUGUGUCAUUUGUGAUGGUAUGGUUGUAGGAGGUGGCAACGACCGUCCAACACCAAAGAUUGUCCUCGAUAUUCUCGGUGUAGAUCCCAAGAUUGACCCUCCUGCGCUACCGUUCAAGUCUGUUGGAGAAGGUAACGAUCAACUCAACUAUGGUAAAAUCUACUCUGGUUUGUAUGAGUUCGAAGGAAAUGUAGUCCCGUACAUCGUAGUCGUCAAGGUUGGCAAGGAAUCCGAGCAAUCCAAAUCGAAGCCCGGUAAUCGUGGAAAACGAGACUCCCAAAUUCUCCUCAUGAGCUUCCUCAACCGCGUCCAUCAUAGAGCACCCAUGAACCCACUGGAAUUAGAGAUGUUUCACCAAAUCAACAACAUCAUUGGCGUGGAUCCAGAGCUUUACGAAUAUCUAUUCAUGAUUGAUGCCGAUACCAGUGUCAAGGAAGAUUCUUUGAACCGUCUUGUAGCAGCCUGUACCAACGAUGGCAAAAUUGCUGGUAUCUGUGGCGAAACCAACCUCGAAAAUGAAGAACAAUCUUGGUGGACUAUGAUUCAAGUUUACGAAUAUUUCAUCUCGCAUCAUUUGGCAAAAGCAUUCGAGUCUCUAUUUGGCAGUGUCACCUGUCUGCCUGGUUGGUAAGUGAUCCUUCUACUCCAAACCCCUACCUCGGUACAAUAUACUAAUAACUGCUUCAUAGUUUUACUAUGUAUCGUAUACGUACCGCUGACAAGGGGAAACCAUUAAUUAUCGCCGACGCUAUCAUAGACGAGUACAGCGAGUGUGUUGUUGACACUCUACACAAGAAGAAUCUCUUGUCCCUCGGAGAGGAUCGAUUUUUGACUACAUUGAUGACCAAGCACUUCCCAUUUAUGAAGUACAAGUUCAUUCCUGAUGCAUAUGCUAGCACCUCUGCACCCGAAACCUGGAGUAUCCUUCUUUCCCAGAGAAGACGUUGGAUCAAUUCUACCAUUCACAAUCUAGCUGAGUUGGUCUGGCUUCCUGAAAUGUGCGGGUUCUGUUUUUUCAGUAUGAGAUUUGUUGUUUUCAUGGAUCUCUUUGGAACAAUUAUUCUUCCUGCAACGACCGUCUACCUUGUAUACCUGAUCUACAAAGUCGCAACACAUCAAGGUCAAUUUCCCCUUAUUUCAAUUUGUAUGAUCGCUGGUACAUAUGGUCUGCAAGCUUUGAUAUUUAUUCUCAAACGUCAAUGGCAACAUGUCGGAUGGAUGAUUAUCUAUAUCCUUGCUUUCCCCAUUUACUCUUUUGUUCUACCAAUCUACUCUUUCUGGAACCAAGACAACUUCUCAUGGGGUAAUACACGUAUUGUCCUUGGAGAGAAGGGCUUUGCAAAGGUCGUGGCCGUGGAUGAUGGUGGGUUUGACCCAAGAAGCGUUCCUCUCCAACGAUGGGACGACUAUGCUUUACACAACAACCUCCCAGGACGUCGUGGAGUGCCAAUUGAAAAGGCUUACGAUACAUACGAAGAUCAAUACGAAAUGGAUGAUAUGAAGUCCAUGUACUCGUCCGUCAAACCUGCGUCCACUAUCCUAACCGGUUUCCCUGGUCGUGGCCCAUACAUGCCUCCUCAAUCCACCUACUCUGCAAACCAGUAUGCCGACCACACGCUUCGCAACCAGUCUGCUAUGUCCCUUCGCCAACAAGAUCGUUCCGCCUCUCCUUACCAAGACUACGCCGCUAACGGUCGUCCCUCGAUGCAAAUGAUGUCUUCCGACAAUCUCCUUGGCGGUGGUCAAGGACGUCAUCAAUCACGUUCGUCACUAGGCUUUGCAGGUGGUGCUCGUUCGCCGUUAGCGGGAGCUGCGAUGGACAGACCAGCUAGUGCAUUUGAUUUCCAGAGGGGUACCUCUGGACCUGAUGAUAUGCAAAUUAUAGAGGCAAUACAGAGCUGUUUGAGAGAAGUGGAUCUGGAUAAUGUCACAAAGAAACAGGUCAGGGCUUUGGUAGAGCAGCGAUUGCAGACAGAAUUGGUCGGCGAGAGAAGGACUUUCUUGGAUAGGAAUAUCGACAGUGAGUUAGCUGCUAUGUAGAGCGGGAAUGAUUAAAGCUUGGGUGGGGUUGAGGCCGAGGGUUCCAGGCGGAGGCUUGAGCUCGAUGGAGGCAGAGGGGAACGCGGUGAAGAAGAUAUUUAGCAUCUGCGUGCAUGUGCGCGAUGAGGUGUGGAGGGAAUACUGAAAUUAAUCUCGAGUGUUAUGGCGUCAAUUUUAUGCAUUGGGUGGUUGGAUGGAUAGGGUUUCUUGAUUUGCAUCUCUUUUUCUUUUUUCUUGAGCCGGAAAAUGAGUGGGAAAGAGCGUACUUGAAGGCUGAUAGCUAGGGUGCUGGUACAAGGAGGGCUUAAUAUCAAUGUGAUGAGACGAGUUAAGAGUUAAAAUGAGAUAUAACCCUUUAGAAAUAACAAUUCAGUAUCAGGAAUUAACAGCUUCACCAGUCCAAAAUGCAUUA